AUGUUGAUCAUAUACUUUGCUUUGAUGCCUGUGGCUGGCGUGCUCUCAAAUUGUCGUGAAAUCCACGCUCCAUCACCUAUUAUAUGUGGAAUCAAUGAAGAAUACUCGCCAUGUAGGAUGAAAUGCCCACCACAGUUUUGUAACAUAUCAUAUACAGAUUUUGUUUGUCCCGUUGAUGAACCGUGUGAACCCGGAUAUAACUGUAUAAAAGAUUAUUUGCGAGGUCCCAAUGGAACGUGUAUUUUUAACGAAGAAUGUCCACCACCUCCAUCACCUAUUAUAUGUGGAAUCAAUGAAGAAUACUCGCCAUGUAGGAUGAAAUGCCCACCACAGUUUUGUAACAUAUCUUAUACAGAUUUUGUUUGUCCCGUUGAUGAACCGUGUGAACCCGGAUGUAACUGUAUAAAAGAUUAUUUGCGAGGUCCCAAUGGAACGUGUAUUUUCAACGAGGAAUGUCCACCAGCUCCAUCACCUAUUAUAUGUGGAAUCAAUGAAGAAUACUCGCCAUGUAGGAUGAAAUGCCCACCACAGUUUUGUAACAUAUCUUAUACAGAUUUUGUUUGUCCCGUUGAUGAACCGUGUGAACCCGGAUGUAACUGUAUAAAAGAUUAUUUGAGAGGUCCCAAUGGAACGUGUAUUUUCAACGAAGAAUGUCCACCACCUCCAUCACCUAUUAUAUGUGGAAUCAAUGAAGAAUACUCGCCAUGUAGGAUGAAAUACCCACCACAGUUUUGUAAUAUAUCAUAUACAGAUUUUGUUUGUCCCGUUGAUGAACCGUGUGAACCCGGAUCGCCUCAAAUACCCAUCUGCGGAGAAAAUGAAGUUGGAAGUACCUGCAGAAAGACGUGUCCUCCAGACACUUGCGACUUCGAUCCUACGAAAGAAGCGUGUAAACCGGGCCCUUGCCAACCUGGUUGUAAUUGCAUUAAAGAUUACUGCAGGGAUGCCACGGGAAAAUGUGUUCCGAAAGAACAAUGUCCGAAGAGUAAUAAGUGUGUUCCAUCAAUGAUAUGCGAAAUCCCAUAUAAAUGUAGACGUACUUGUGCCGAACCAAAUCCCCCAAACUGUCCUGCUUAUUCAAAUGUGUCCGAGAAAGUAAAAGGAUGUCAAUGCAAACCAGGGUUUAUUCUGUUGGGAAAAGGUCCACCUUGCAAGUGUGUAAGAAUUGAAGAUUGUACGCAACAAAAGGGGUGCAAUGGAGACAAUAAAGCGCACAUUACUAAGUAUCCUCCCCCAUGCCCUUCUACCUGCCAGUCUCCAAAUCAAGUGCCUUGCAAAAAAGUAUGUUUAGAUGUUGGUUGUUCGUGCAAUGAUGGAAUGAUACUGUCCAAAUUGAAUGGAAAAUGUAUCAAUCCAGAUGAUUGUCCAGCACCAGUUAAUUGUACACGACCCAAUGAAAUUUGGAGUAAUUGUCCAUCGGCCUGCUUGAGGGAAGGCUGCGAAAAUGCUAAUGAAGAGCCAUCUGUGUGCAAUACACUUGUUUUAAACUGCCAACCAAGGUGUAUUUGCAAGCCAAACACUUUUCGGGAUAAAAAUAACAUUUGCGUUCCAGUUGAACAAUGCCCGCCUCAAAUACCCAUCUGCGGAGAAAAUGAAGUUGGAAGUAACUGCAGAAAGACGUGUCCUCCAGACACUUGCAACUUCGAUCCUACGAAAGAAGCGUGUAAACCGGGCCCUUGCCAACCUGGUUGUAAUUGCAUUAAGGAUUACUGCAGGGAUGCCACGGGAAAAUGUGUUCCGAAAGAACAAUGUCCGAAGAGUAAUAAGUGUGUUCCAUCAAUGAUAUGCGAAAUUCCAUAUAAAUGUAGACGUACUUGUGCCGAACCAAAUCCCCCAAACUGUCCUGCUUAUUCAAAUGUGUCCGAGAACGUAAAAGGAUGUAAAUGCAAGCCAGGGUUUAUUCUGUUGGAAAAAGGUCCACCUUUCAAGUGUGUAAGAAUUGAAGAUUGUCCGCAACAAAAGGGGUGCAAUGGAGAUAAUAACGCGCACAUUACUAAGUGUCCUCCCCCAUGCCCUUCCACCUGCCAGUCUCCAAAUCAAGUGACUUGCAAAAAAGCAUGUUUAGAUGUUGGUUGUUCGUGCAAUGAUGGAAUGAUACUGUCCAAAUUGAAUGGAAAAUGUAUCAAUCCAGAUGAUUGUCCAGCACCAGUUAAUUGUACACUACCCAAUGAAAUUUGGAGUAAUUGUCCAUUGGCCUGCUUGAGGGAAGGCUGCGAAAAUGCUUAUGAAGAGCCAUCUGUGUGCAAUACACUUGUUUUAAACUGCCAACCAAGGUGUAUUUGCAAGCCAAAUACUUUUCGGGAUAAAAAUAACAUUUGCGUUCCAGUUGAACAAUGCCCGCCUCAAAUACCCAUCUGCGGAGAAAAUGAAGUUGGAAGUAACUGCAGAAAGACGUGUCCUCCAGAUACUUGCAACUUCGAUCCUACGAAAGAAGCGUGUAAGCCGAGCCCUUGCCAACCUGGUUGUAAUUGCAUUAAGGAUUACUGCAGGGAUGCCACGGGAAAAUGUGUUCCGAAAGAACAAUGUCCGAAGAGUAAUAAGUGUGUUCCAUCAAUGAUAUGCGAAAUCCCAUAUAAAUGUAGACGUACUUGUGCCGAACCAAAUCCCCCAAACUGUCCUGCUUAUUCAAAUGUGUCCGAGAACGUAAAAGGAUGUAAAUGCAAGCCAGGGUUUAUUCUGUUGGAAAAAGGUCCACCUUUCACGUGUGUAAGAAUUGAAGAUUGUCCGCAACAAAAGGGGUGCAAUGGAGAUAAUAACGCGCACAUUACUAAGUGUCCUCCCGCAUGCCCUUCCACCUGCCAGUCUCCAAAUAAAGUGACUUGCAAAAAAGCAUGUUUAGAUGUUGGUUGUUCGUGCAAUGAUGGAAUGAUACUGUCCAAAUUGAAUGGAAAAUGUAUCAAUCCAGAUGAUUGUCCAGGUGGCAAUCCAUGUGGUAUGAAUGCGACAUUUCGAACUUGUGACAACAGAUGUUCUAACAACUACUGCCCAGUGGAUGAUUCUCCACCUGAUUUUAGUUGUGAACCGCCAUCGCCUUGUCCCUCCGGAUGCGUUUGUAAAUUUAACUACAGAAAAAAGAGUAUAAAUGACGAAAAGUGUAUCCUGGCAUCUGAGUGUCCACCAGUUAAUUGUACACUACCCAAUGAAAUUUGGAGUAAUUGUCCAUCGGCCUGCUUGAGGGAAGGCUGCGAAAAUGCUUAUGAAGAGCCAUCUGUGUGCAAUACACUUGUUUUAAACUGCCAACCAAGGUGUAUUUGCAAGCCAAACACUUUUCGGGAUAAAAAUAACAUUUGCGUUCCAGUUGAACAAUGCCCAAAGGAGAAACCUCAACCAUAUCAAUGA